UCUUUAUUUUCUUUCAUUUAUAAAAGGGAAAAUCAAAAUAUGGGUUUUCCUAAUUCUAGUUUUGUUUUGCUCCACAAUUUUCUCCAAUUCCUCACACCUCCUGAUUAUGGGUUUGUGUGGUGGUCCAGUCAAGAACCAGCUCAUUCCAAUUCUUUCUCUCAAUACCCAAAUGCCAUUUCUCUUGUAACCCAUGUUUCUUUCUUUCUUUUUCUCUCCAUAUUUCAAGAAAGAUUUUGUCUUCCUUUGACAAUUGCUUGGGAACCAAACAAUUCAUGUUCAUCUAAGCUCUCUCCCAAACACUGCUUGACAAGGAAAAAGAUCACGGCUUUGUUGCUGUUAAUUGCCACAUUGAAUUUCUGGAAUUUCUUUUGAGGGGUGUUGUCAGUGUUACCCCAUUCAUGUCUUCAAAUCCAGCUAAUGUUUCUGACUCAUCCGAGAUGAGCUACAGUUCAUCAGAUGAAACACCAUGUGGACCCAAGAUGCAAUCUCAUGCCAAGACUGGUAUAAAUUCAUCCAAUGAUAAGGUUUACGACCCCAAUAGGGUGGAUAGAGUAGCAAAAUCUAGUGUCAAAUCAACUCAAAUUUCAUCAGGUGGACCUCAACAUGUGGAUCCAAUUUCUAAAGGAACGGAAUUUGGUACUAAGACUAUAGCUGAGCCAACCACCAACCAUCAUCCAUAUCCAAGCCCAAUGGCACCUGCAAAUUCUGAACUUCUAACCACUUCAGCAGGAAUGGCAAUAGGACCAUCAAAGAGUACCAGUUCUAUCACCAACCUUGGCCAAAUGAGCGGUAGUAGCUCUCGAUCCGACAGCUUAGAGAGUUCCUCUAGUGCACCCCUCAGGCCUCAUACUGGUGGUGAUGUACGGUGGGAUGCCAUUACCAUGGUGUCUAAAGGUUCCCCACUUAAUCUUAGCCAUUUUCGGCUUCUUAAGCGCAUAGGUUAUGGAGACAUUGGCAGUGUCUAUCUUGUUGAGCUCAGAGGAACAAAUACAUUUUUUGCCAUGAAAGUCAUGGACAAGGCAUCUCUUGCUAGUAGAAACAAGCUAUUGCGAGCACAGACAGAAAGAGAGAUACUUGGACUUCUUGACCACCCAUUCUUGCCCACUCUCUAUUCUUACUUUGAGACUGAUAAGUUCUAUUGCUUGGUCAUGGAGUACUGUAGUGGAGGUAAUCUGCAUUCUCUUCGGCAGAAGCAACCUAACAAGCAUUUUACAGAGGAAGCUGCAAGAUUUUAUGCAUCACAGGUUUUGUUAGCACUUGAGUAUCUGCACAUGCUAGGAAUUGUGUACAGGGAUUUAAAACCAGAAAAUGUUCUAGUAAGAGAUGAGGGUCAUAUCAUGCUCUCAGACUUUGAUCUCUCACUCCGUUGUUCUGUCAAUCCUACACUAGUCAAGUCAUCAUCUGUCCACGUAAGCAAUGGUGGUGGUGGUGGAGGUGGUGGUGGGGGCAUUUUAGACGAUGACCUUGCUGUGCAUGGUUGUAUGCAGCCAUCCCAUUUCUUUCCACGCAUUUUACCAGGCAAGAAAAAUCGGAAAUCUAAAUCAGAUUUUGGCCUUUCUGCUAAUGGCAACCUCCCUGAACUGAUGGCAGAGCCUACAAAUGUGCGCUCCAUGUCAUUUGUUGGAACACAUGAAUAUCUAGCCCCAGAGAUUAUUCGCGGAGAGGGCCAUGGUAGUGCGGUGGACUGGUGGACGUUUGGUAUCUUCUUAUAUGAGCUCUUACAUGGGACAACCCCCUUCAAGGGUCACGGAAAUCGUGCCACACUUUUCAACGUCGUAGGGCAGCCUCUGAAAUUCCCAGAAACACCACAAGUGAGUGUUGUUGCACGAAAUCUCAUACGAGGACUGUUGGUGAAAGAACCACAAAAACGGAUUGCCUAUAAAAGGGGUGCCACAGAAAUAAAGCAACACCCAUUUUUUGAUGGAGUGAACUGGGCUCUGGUGAGAUGUGCCAUGCCUCCGCACGUUCCUGAGCCAGUAGACUUUUCACAAUAUGCUAGCAGGGAAGCAAACACUGCGGACAAAAAGAUCACAGAUAUUAGAGGUGAUAAAAAGAACAAUAGUCAUAAUGAUUCAUCUUAUGUAGAUUUUGAGUACUUCUAGCACUCCUUUGCAUGAUGAUUUACAUCCUCUGGAGGAAAUUUACCUUGUACAAAGCUCAAAAAGUUGCAACUCAAUCAGUUAUAUACUUGUAUCAUUUUAUGUUGAGAGGUCUUCACAGAGAAAACUUUCGUUGACUGAACA